AUGUACAAUCCCAAUAAUUACAAUUCUUACGGCAAUCCAAAUGCGUCAAAUCUCCAGCAACCCAAUGCUGGUGGCGACAUCAACUUCUAUCAAUCACAAUAUCCAACAUCCGCGGCCGCCCCUGCUAACAUCAGUGGAGGCCCACCAUUCUUCGAGAAUCUCUCGGGCAAUAUGGACAAUCAAUAUCUUAGUAACCCAUCGUUCACUGCUGGUGGUGAUGGUUCGGACUCACAGCUACCUAGAGGUAUUUUGGCGGCAUUCAGCACCAGUGGGUAUCCUGGGGAGCCAUCACUUUUAGAAGAGCUUGAUAUCAACUUCGAUCACAUUAAAGUCAAAACACUAGCAGUAUUGAAUCCCUUUGGAUCCAAAAUCUCAAACUACAAUAAUGGUCUCCCAGGUCAAUCGGCAAAUAUCUUGAAUGAUGCUGACUUGGCAGGCCCAAUCUUUUUUGCCCUUUUGUACGGGGUGAGUUUGCUCUUGGCUGGUAAAGUCCAUUUCGGUUACAUUUACGGUUGUGGAUUAUUUGGCACUUUGUCAUUAUUUGCAUUAUUCAAGCUCAUGUCCAACAAUGAUGUGCCAACCUUAAAUGCCAACCAACCAAAUGUUGCUUCAACAGGUUCUAUGCAAGGUGUAGAUAGCGGUGCCCCAGAUACUAGUAAAACCCAAGACCUAAAUUAUAGUCGAACAACAUCGGUUCUCGGUUACUGUUUGCUACCACUAGUGUUGCUAAGUUUUCUUGGGAUAGUCUUCACAUUGGAUAACUUCUGGGGUUACUUGUUGAGUUUGAUUUGUGCGUUAUGGUCAACCUACUCUGCCAGUGGAUUUUUCGUUCUAGUUUUGAAAUUGCAAAAUAGCAGAUUCUUGGUUGCUUAUCCUUUGUUACUUUUCUACAGCAUAUUUGCAUUAAUGGCCAUCUUUGUUGAGAAGGCUUAA